AUGGCGACUAAAAGACUGCUCGUUUCAGAAGUUCUCUGGUAUUUUCUUGAAAAUAGUGAAAAUUUUGAUAAAGUAAAUUUUCAAAAUUUAGUUUCUGAUUUUUUUUCACAUGAAGAAUUAUCAGCUGCAAAAAAAAUUCUGAUUAAUGAAAUUGAAAAUCUUAAAAAAGAGAAAAAAGAGAAAUUGUUCAAUAAAUCCAGAGGUAACACUAAAAUUGAUAAAACUUUAGAUGUUAUUGAUUUAUUAAAAUUUAUUUUGGAAAAUGAAAUGGCUCAGCUUCUGCCAACUUUUGUAAUUCUUAAUAUUAAAAGAAUUCCAAAUAAUCCGUUAACUAAUUUAACGGACUUAUUCAUAAAAAACGAAAAAAUUGAAAAUAAAAUAAACCAAUUGUUGGACACAAAUAAAAAUGUUCUAAACAAGUUGACAGCUGCAUUGACAUGUACAAACAACACUCCAACAAUUUCAGAUAAAACGUACAACAACAACAAUACCCACCUGAACGACCUCAAAGAAAUAACAAAUACUCCGGUUAUAAAUCCUAAAAUUUCUUGGGUUAACAAGAUGAAAAAUGAAACACAAUCAGAUGACAGUCAAGUUGAUGACAAUUUUACAUUAGUCCAAAGAAGCAAGCAAAAAAAUAAAUCGAGAUUGCUUCCACCGAUAAACAAAACGGCAAACAAUAAAAAUACUUCAAACAAACCCUCAAAGAUUGUCGGCUCACAAGCAGAUGAUUCUUUUUUUACUGCUUCCAAACAAAUAAUAAAGAAAAAAAUUUUUUACGUGGGCAACGUUGACCUUCCAAACAGCACCAUGAUUGUGAAACACUGCGAGAACAAAGGCAUCAAGGUCAUCACAUGUCUCCCUGUCUCGAAGAAAAAUGACACAGACGAUCCUCCAAGCUUUACAUCAUUCAGAUUGUGCGUACCAGCGGCGGAAUUCAACAAGGUGAUGUCGCCUUCAAACUGGCCCAGCUCCGUACUAAUCCGUGAAUGGAUUUUCAAUAAAAACGACAAAACUAUUAACAAUAUAAACAACCAAUCGAGCAACAAACAACCAGAUGGUGCUACAAUGAACAAAAACACCGACGACAAUUUUAACCUCAACAUCGAUCCCAAUCAUGGAUGA